CUCCCGUUCCUCUUAGUUUGGAGCUCGCGCCCUGCCGGGGUUUCGCCCGUUUGGGACUGAAGCCAAUUUGUCAAGUCCACCCCGCCCCUCUCCCUCGCCUGCUUUUUGGGGGUCCGCCGCCACCUGGCAACGUGACAGAAAGGAGCCGACUCGGCGGAAAGUUGAGACGUGAUGAUUUGAAUACGUGCCGGCCCUAAUCGGCUUAGACGCUUCCUCCAUAAAUCCGGGCCGGCGCUCACGCUCGUCAUCCCUUCACGUCGGCGACGCGCGCGGACGCUGCGGUUCCGGCUCCGGAGGCCACGCGGUAGGACGGCCGCUCCAUCCAUCGGGAAAAAAAGUCUUCAAGAUGCUGAGCUGGCUGCUCCAAAUGGUUCCGCGCCCUCCCGAGACCCACCGACCCCGUGAAGCCGACGGCGCUGAGCCGCAACCUCUGACGGAGUCUGAGGCGGGCACCCGGGACGAGUCCAAACAGGAGGCGGCGGAGGCGGAGGCGGCGUUGUCGUCAGAGAGCAGGAAGGGCGCGAGCGAAGGUCCGGGCCCAGCCUUUCCCGCGGCCGUGGGCGAAGAGGAGGAGGAGGCCGCCGCAGAGGACGCCACGGCGCCAGCCAAACGCGAGGAGGCGGAGUCGGCGCAUCAGUGGGCCGCGGACGACCAGCCCCCACCGCUGAGCCAAACGCGAGGAGGCGGAGUCGGCGCAUCAGUGGGCCGCGGACGACCAGCCCCCACCGCUGAGCCACCGCUCAAGGAAUCCUUUUUCUUUCUGCAGGAAGCGGACGUCGGGGAGACCACCCGAAAGGAAAGCCGGCCGCGACGUUUGGAGCCGGCGCCAAAAGACGCCGACGGGAUGGCACGGGGCGACGAGGCCGAGGUCCGGCGCGGGACUCCGCCGAUGGAGAAGAUGGAGAAGGAUGCCGGCGAGGCGCUCCUGGCUCACGUGGAGGAAAGGCUGCGGCGACGGCGUCCAGAGGCCGCCCGCGCGGCGGAGGACGCGGCCGAGAAGGCGGCGCGGGAAGCCGUUCGGCGGCUGCUACCGGAACGUUGCGCCUCUUUCGAGCCCGCCGCCCAGCCGUGAGUGGCCUCUCGUCCGCUUCGAAGCCGGCGGAAGCGUAACCCGCUUUGUCUCGGACGCCCGACAGACUUCCCGACAUCCUGGAGGACGACGGCGACGACCGGCCCGAGUAAGUCCGCUGCCUGUCCCGAUCCAUCCCCGCCCGCCAAAUAU